UCUCUCUCCUUCGAGGCACCGAAGUUUCGCUUCUUGCAUUGAUGGGGAGGAGGAGAGCAAGAGAAGGGAAAUGGGGCGAGCUCGCUAAGGCCGUGCUUUAAAAAGAAAAUCAAGGAGGACGAAACUUAAGAAGAAUGUGACCGCAACUUUCCCCCCCGCCGCGAAUUAAAGGAUCCGCUUCGGUGCCUCCACCCCCGCCCGGCUUUUUGACUUCGUUGAGAUAAAUUGGGGCCGAGGAUGCAAAAAUGUUGGACAUGAUCCAAAAUGCAAUCACCCAGGCGGGCAAGAACCUAUUCAUAACCCUUCCCAAGCUCACUUCCGAAGAUGUUGUUAAUAUUUGGGACGCCGUUUCUGAGUUUGUUGAGAAGCAACUAUCAAUGAAUAAGGGUGUCCAAAUUCCUGGACUUGGGACCUUCUCCUUCCUUAGAGAGAAACUGCACAUUGGCAGCAACAAAUCCAUCCACCUUCAGCGGCCUGUCUUCCUUCUAUCGGAAAAACUUGCCCAGAUCCACGGACUAAAAUUCAACAAAAUACGCAUUCCGGGUGAUAUCCCAAUUGUCCAGCUGAAUUUCAUUGUGUUAUCCCUGGACAGCCCCUUCAACAGGGAGAUGGUGGAAGGAUGUGUCCGAGAGACCCUCCUGUCUUUCUCGAGGUCCAUUGCCACCAAACAGACGGUCGAGUUCACUUUCAAAGGGAUUGGUGUCCUGAUUGUCCGAGAUAACAAGGUGAAAAUGAAGUUUUAUAAAGAUUUUCUUCACACCAUGGAUGGAAGCGGGACGCUCUUAAAAGCCCUGACAAAUAGGCCAGGAACUGUGGACUCCGUAGUGUCAUCCAAAGACACUCCACCAUUUCCCACUUCCAACACUGCAGUGUUUCCAAGGCUUGAGGUCAAAGAAAUGGAAACCAUUGCUGAAGAAGGUGAAAAGUCGAGCAAAGAGCCAGAGCAACUGGACAAAGAGAGCUCUAAAAAAGAAAAUACGUUCUCCAAACGCUUUCUCUCCCGUCAAGCAAUUUUUCCAGCCAAAGUGUCCGGGAUUAGUUUAACCGAGGAACUCGAGAAAAACCGGAAGCCCAAACCACCACCUUCUUCAAGGCCUCUGGAAUCUCCCAAGGCUGGGCUGCUAAAUUUGAUGGAGAUGUGCUACCUAUGCAUGCAGCGUGCUCAGAGGAAUAUUCCGGUCUACUUGGGGGAAGAAAGAAGAAGGAAGGAAAAAGCAGACGACUGCAUCCUGGCCCAGUAUCAAGCCAUAAAAGAUCACGAAGCCCUUCAGAAGGAACUGAUGAAAAGGGAGCAGAAUCGGGAACAGAAUCAGAAAGUGGCAUCUUAUAACUUGGGCGUAGCGGAAGCCAUGCGGAAACAGAAGAACGAAAAGCUGGUGGAACCUUUUAGGUCCUUCAUUUUUGAGAAGAGGCCGCCCAGUUCUACCCCUCAUGAGAAGCAAGAGGAAUAUGCCCAGCACUUGGACAAACAGCUGGAGACCAAAAAAGCCAGAGAUGCAAAGCAAAAACAGGAACAGGAUUUCAUUGACCGCUUGCAGCAAGUCCAGCUGGCAGAAGAAUUAGCUGCCCAAAGAGCAAAGUAUUUAAGAGAGAAGCUGGAAGAAAACCAAACUUAUAAGACGGCCCUUGAUACACAGAUAAAAUUAAGGCCGGCUCCCUUGCCGGAGUACGUACCUGAUUCGACGGAGAUCAUUUUUGGGAAGAAUGACAUGAAUGAGGAGAAAAUGGGGGAGAGAAGGAAGCGUGCUCGGGAAUAUUCCAAGUACCAGUUGCAAGCAGUUGCCGACCGCAAAAGGACUGCCAUUCUUAACCAGCUGGUGGAUCAGAGGAGAGCUACCGACAUGAUUCAGAGAGCUAAGAAACAGUGGAUAGCGGAGAAGGGUGAGCGAAUGGAGAGGCUCUUCCAGAUGAAUUUGGCUAUUCAAGAGGACUGGCGAAAAAGCGCAGGGCUGAAGCGACAGCGAGAUUACGAGGAGAAGCUCUUCCAGCGGGCGGGAGACAAACUUAUGCUCCUGGAUCAGUGUGCAAGGUAUCGUCGUUGUUACCAGUGCAAGAAAGGCCUCAACCAUUUUGGGAAAACCAAUAUAUGGACAGACAGUAAAUAUAUCCCUGGAUCUCGGUUAAUCGUUUGAAGCAGCGCUGUUUGUUUGUGCCUUUUCUUCUUAUAAGUGCUUUUUAAAUUGUUUUUUUUUUUCUAAAGAAAAGCUGAUUGUAUGAACGUGCUUAUGAUUUGAUUCUU